AGUUCAGGUCAAAGACUCAAAACCAACAAGAAAAUAUUGCGACCAAACCUUAGUGACUGUGAAAAUGGCGUCAAUAACAUUAAGGAAAUGGAAGAAUCAGCUCAAAUACACUAACGGAUUCUUUUUGAAUUUACUCAGAAGAAGUUACGUAUCAGCUACAACCAGAAGUAUAAUACAAACAGCCACUAAAGACGGAGAACUCAGAGUUUUUAUCGUCGCCGGUGAAGUUUCCGGUGAUACCAUCGGUUCUCGUCUUAUGGCUUCCUUAAAGAACCUCUCUGAUACUCCAGUUAGAUUUUCUGGUGUUGGAGGGUUUAUGAUGUCGAAGGAAGGAUUGGAAUCUCUGUUUCCUAUGGAGGAUAUUUCAGUUAUGGGAAUAUGGGAAUUGUUACCACAUUUGAAUAAGUUUAGAGUAAAGUUGAAAGAAACAAUUGAGGCUGCUCUUUUGUUUCAGCCUCAUGUUGUUGUGACAGUGGACUCCAAGGGGUUCUCUUUUCGUUUGUUGAAGCAAUUACGAGCUAGAUACACUCAGCAGAGACUGGACUGUCCUGUACACUUUCAUUAUGUGGCACCGUCAUUUUGGGCGUGGAAAGGAGGUGAAGAAAGACUCAAAUUCCUAGCAAAUUUUGUUGAUCAUGUUUUCUGCAUACUUCCGAAUGAGGAAUCAAUUUGUAAAUCAAAUGGAUUGGCCGCUACAUUUGUGGGCCAUCCCAUUUUGGAGGAAAUUUCGGAAAUCAAAUUGGGAAAACAAACCUCUGCUCAUGAAUGGAAAAUAACAGGGAAUAGUGAAGAGUUCAGACGUAAACAUGCAGUACCUUCAGGUGCUACGGUCAUUUCUUUGCUCCCUGGAAGCAGACUACAAGAGGUCACACGGAUGCUCUCCAUAUUUUCACAUACAAUGGAACAGUUGAAAGACACAAUUCCUGAUCUAACUACAAUUGUUCACGUGGCACCGAAUCAGCAAGUGGAAAAUUACAUCAGGGCAUCUGUUCACAAGUGGCCAGUACCUGCUUUAUUGCUUCCUGGAGGACUUCCGCAAAUGAAAUAUGAUGCAUUUAGUGCCAGUGAUGUUGCAUUAUGUACUUCUGGAACUGUGGCUUUGGAGUUGCAGCUUGCACGCUUGCCAUGUGUAGUUGCCUAUCGAGCCCAUCUCCUAACAGAAUGGAUUAUUCGGUAUAAAGCAAAGAUACGAUACAUGUCUCUGCCCAAUAUACUCAUGGAUUUGGCUAUAAUCCCUGAAGCUCUCUUUCGAGAAUGCACACCAACGAAACUAGCCUCAUUGCUCAUGGAACUCAUUCAUGACUCGGGAGUUCGAGAAAAACAAAUAGUUGCUGCUGAAAAGGUAAUGCAUCUUCUGUAUCCUUCAGAGAGAUGUAUAAACAGCUUGGCAGAACGGAACACAGAAUGGAGUUAUCCGAUAUGCACCCCGAGCAUGAUAGCAGCAACCACCAUACUACAACAUGUAAAACCACGACGCCUAAUUCGUUGCCAUCAAACAUCAUGACAUUCACACGAAGUAACUGAUGCAGAAUGUGGUGGUACUCAUGCUGAUGAUGGCAAAAAAUGCCAUGACGAUAAUGAUGAUGAUAUUGAUGAUUGGUUUGAUGAUACUUACAAAGUCGUGAACAAAGUUUCGAUUAAAUUAUCCGCACCAUUGACAUCUUCGCCUUCGUCUUCACCUUCGUCUGCACCUUCGUCUGAACCCGUGUAUGAUCCGAACUCUCAGCUUAAUGGUGGAGAUGAGUUUGAGUAUGGAGAUACCGGGAUGAUUGUAUUGGGACAUUAAUUAAACCAUAUCGGCUUCUUGUUGUUGUUUUUUAUUAUUAUUUUAUUACGAUAGCAAAGAAAAAUUUGAACUUGAAUCCGAUAGAUUAAAAAUUUGAAAUGUAAUGUUACAUCAAUUUGGUGAUUAAUAUGACUUGAUUAUUGCACUUAA